GAGCUGAAGAAGGAAAUGAUUACUACUAAGAAUAUUACGAAAAAAUUGUACUUGUAAUCUCUUUGAUUUUAUGGUGGGGAAAUCUUCUUAUGCAAUCAGUGUUCGGGAGGUUGUUAUAUAGUGGUUAUUUCUCUCAUACUGUACAUUUGAAGUGUUAAUGUUAUAUAAGGACAAUGUGCGAUUCAUUUUUUGGAUCUAAGCAAAAGAAGCCAAGACAUCCUUCAUCUAACCAGAAAUAUUGUGAAAGCAUCAGAAAUGGAUGUUUCUUUCCAGGGCCAUUUACUUUUGGAUCUAGAGAAGUCCAAAAUACUACAUGUUGUAAUUGUUCUGUACAGUUUAGUCUUCUGAAACGUAAGAGAACUUGCUCUUUUUGUAAUUAUAACUUUUGCUCUGCAUGCCUUAGUAAAGAUCAAAGUGUCAGAAAGCAACCCAAGUGUUUUCGUUGUAGUGUACUAUUUGCAGUGCCUCUAGAUCGUGCUGCUUUAAUGAGAUUGCGGGUAAGAGAUUUACAAUGGUUUCUCAAGCACAAAUCCAUAUCGACCAUUGGCUGUAAAGAAAAAAAUGAAUUAGUGGAGCUUAUUUUUCAAGACUCUAAUCCACCAGCUUCUUGUGAUAGAACUUCAACAUAUACUAAUAUUGGUAGUCAAAACCACACCAUAUUUUCAAAUCUAACAUCUAGUGGAAGUUCAAGCUCAGCUGAAGUUCAUACAACCCCUCAAGAUGAGACCUCCGAAGAAACACAUACAUAUCAGUCUGUUGUGAGGGAGCAACCUCAACUAAGCCAUACUUCUGCUUCAGGUGUCAGUAAUGAUUCAGAAGAAGUUAAUGAAGAGGAACAAGUUAACUUAGAACACUCACAGGGUGAUAAGAAGGAAAAAACAGAAUUUGAUCAGGGACUGUACAUAGCAGUAGAUGACAUUCACACUCCUAAUCAAAUUGACAAUCUCAGUGCAAGACAGCUGAAGCUUAUUCUUACUAGGAAUUUUAUAGGUUAUCAUGGAAUUUAUGAGAAAAAAGACUUACAAGCAAAAGUACAUUGGUUGUGGGCACAAAAACAGAAAGUUAAAGAUUUAGAGGGAGUUCCUGAUGAAGAUCUUUGCAAGAUAUGUAUGGAGCAACCGAUAGACAGUGUUCUUCUGGAGUGUGGUCACAUGGCUACUUGUACAGUUUGUGGCAAACAACUGAAUGAAUGUCCUCUCUGUCGACAGUAUGUUGUGCGAGUUGUACAUGUUUUCAGGGCUUGAAGAAAAACAUUCUUUAAUGAAUGCUUGUUUUACUUGCAUAGCAAAAACUUCCCUGCCACUCUCUAUUGAAUCAAUGAUGCUCUUCAGAAAUUAGCAGUAGUUUUUAAUUUUUCUAAAAAUAAUUCACUGAACUUGUGUACCCAACUUGCAAAAAUUCAAAAGUUGUGAGCCCUCUCUUUAUAACUUCAUACUGUUUUUCUUUCUGCCUUUUCAUUUUGUAAAUAGAGUAUUUCAACAUAUAAAUUCCAACUACCCAAAAAAUUCAACAUUCAUAUGACAUCCCAUUUUUUAUUUCAGUAGCUUAAAAUUGAGUUGUUUUAUUAUUUAACAUAAUCAUAUUGAUAAAAGGUAUUAACUAAAAAUUAGGUAUAGAUUCCUGUGCUUUGAAAACAUAGCCUUAUCAUCUGUGGAAGCUUUAGUUCCUUAUUUUAACUUCAUAUUUUUAUGCUGUAUAAAUUUGUUUUAAAAUAUUCAUUAUCAAUGUAUAUAUAUAAUAUAUGCAUUUGAAAUAUACAUUAAAUGUCUUCCUGUGGUUAAACAUCCAGAACCAAACAAAUUUUACAUUUCUAAAACAAAUCAUUGUUCAAUGGAAUAGGAAAUUCUCCAUUUACAGACAUAUACUUUGAAGCAAUUCUUUAAACUAUACUGUUUUCAGAACCUAAAAAUAAUUAUAUCGUUUAUGGACUAAAGAAUAAGCCAAGUAGAUGUACAUGUUUUUCAUGUUAUUAUCAAAAGUAUGCACUUUUUUUUUUCAUCAAAUGUACACUGGGCAUUACUUGUAAAUGUGCUCAACAUAUCAGUAUAUCACUUCUAGUGGUUUAUACUUUCAUAACCUUUGGAAAUAUGCUAAUAUCUAGUCUAUGUAUAUCGUUGUAUUUCUGAUAAGCUGAACUUGUUAUAAUUUUGUAUUUGCAAACUGGUAUUUACUGUUUAUGCUAUAAAGUUUUUUCAGAGCUUGUUUAUUUAUAAACAUAGUUUAUUGGUCAGAGGCUCACAUGGGCUAUCCACAUGUUUACAAAUUUUUUAUUUUAAUAGAAUAUUCGAUAAAAAUAUCUGAAAUUAGAUACUAUUAAAUGUAUUCAGUUUGUUAAGACAGUCGAGUUAGCUUUGUGUUGUGUAAAUUCAUUAGUUUUGUUAAUUCAUAUUUGCUGAGUUAGUUGUGAUAGAGAUUUUACUUAUACUAAGUAUAUUUUAAAACAUGGUUAAAUAUUCAUACAUAUUGUUCACUUUAUAUGGAAAUAGGAUAUCAUAUGAACAUAUUUUUUUAGGAGCAAAACUGGAUAUAAACAAAUGUACCUUCCAGGUAUUCUUUCUUGAUGAUUCUGUUAUGUUUUUGGAAUAUGAUUAGCAAUAUAGUAUUAUUGUGCCACUUGUUGUAAAAGCUCAUAGAUUCAAACAGUAAUUCUGUAUAUUUACAUAUGAAUCAUAUUAAUUGCCUGUCUAGAGAAGUCAUUUAUCAGUCUAGUUGAGGUCACGUAAUUUUGGUACAAAAACGUUUUCAGCAUAAAAUUAAAUGAAGUUUUAGCAGUGGUGAAAGUAACUAAUUUCUUACUGGUACGGUAGUACUGUUUGCUCUCUCCCCACCCAACUACAAAUUUUACACAAAUCAAAACUGAUAAUUUAUGUGGAAUGAAGGUUCAACAUUUGACUAUACACAUUUCAGUACUAACAGGUGCUGUAGUUAAUAGAAGAAGAAAAAAAAGGUUUUAUUUGAAAACAUUUUUAGGUUGGAAUCGAGUUAGAAAUAGUACCUUAAUCACAUGCAUGCAUCCCAUGGGACUGCAAGUAGAGCCUGAAACACAAUGUAAUGUGACACCCAUUGUUACAACAAGUCAAAACAUUAAAUUGCCUUGACUAAAUUAUCUGUGUACCAUCUUAAUAUCAUCAUUGGUUUUAUUUCAGCUUAAGAUUUUAGCUGCAAGUCUUUAACAGAAUAAUCAUUACUUUUGAAAAAUUUUCAGUCUAUUAAGGAAUAUAUAAUUAUAUAUAUAUAUAUAUAUAUUAAUUGUUCACGUAAAGUCUGCAUCUUUGUUCAGUUUUUAUGGUACUUUAUAUGUUUAACUGUUGCUACCAUUGAUGUAGAGAAAAAUAAUAUUUACAUUAACAAAAUAUAUUAAACACAUUUUUACACUACAUUGUUACCAAAAAGGCCUUCAUUAUGUUAAGCAUUGUGGCUACAACUUUGAAUAUUUUUCCUUUUCCUCUAUAACACAGUGGUAAUGAUGAGAAAACUAGUGUUUGAGGAAAAUAAUUCCACUGAAUGUUUUUCAUCAUACCAAAUUUAUGAUGCAAUAACAGUGAAACAAUGAAAUAAAUUUCAUUUAGCAUCUGGAUAUGUUAAACUCUUACUUGGUUCUGAUAUUCUUGUAACAUGUGCCUUUCUAUCUCAGUAUAAAAUUGAGUGUGAUGUGCGUUAUCCAUUACAAGAAGUGAAUGAGGCUAUUCAAUUGUUUCAUGAAGUAUUGAUUUUAAAUGUGUUCAUAUUUUGUACUACGCACACGUGUACUUAUAUAUGUGUGUGUGUUAUGCUGAAAGUGGUUUGUGGUAUAGUAUUUGGUAACUAUUCUUCAAUUUGAUAACUUUUUUCUUGGGACCUUAAUUUUUAUGAACUUUGAUGUUUUUUAUUAUAAUUUUCUUUUAUCCUAUGUAUUAUGUGGAGACCUGGAAAAUAUGAUAAAACCAAAUUACAUUUCCUGAAGCCUUUAACAUGAAAAUAUAUUGAUAUUAAUGUGUAGUUAUAUUUGUAUAUGUAAGAAGUAAACAGUAUAACUAUAUUUUGUUAAAUAAUGACAAUACUUGAAAUAUUUAAAAUUAAAAUUUGAAUACUUGGUCACUAAUUUCAUGCGAAAAAUUGAUUUCCUAAAAUCUAAUUGAAAUCUUACUUUAUGUCUGUACUGUACAGUAGACAAGAACAUUUUUGUUUGUGUAUCAUUAGGUUAUUUUAUACAUGAAAGAACCAAAGAUAACUAAAAUGUUCAAUCAUUUUAAAAAAACAAUGAAGUGUAAAAUCAAUAACCAUAAUUCAUCAUUAAUUUAGGUUUUGUCACGAAGUGCAUUCAAAUACACAGUUGUUUUAGGACUUCAGUAUCUCAUAACAAAAAUAAUAGUUUAAUUUCAAUGUGAUUGCAAACGAUCAAUCUCCUGUAUGUAUAUAUAUGAUAAAUUUCUUUACUUGAUAUGUUUUAUGAUAUAUUCAACAAUUAUUAGAUAUUUUAAAGAGUUUUGUCACUUUAGACAUCACAUAUAUUUGAAAAACUUAAUGCCUUUUGAUAUUACAUAUUUCUGUGUAGUUUCUAAAUGAUACUUUUAGGUACCAUUAUAUUAACAAACUCUUGUGUUUGAAAUAGUUUUGUAAAUGAGAAUAUGUUGAAAUUUGGACAAGGUUUUAUGAAAUUUUGAGAUAAUAAAUAUUAUGUAUAUUAAAUACAGAGUAGUUGUAUAAUGACGUGAAAGAUUACACGGAUAGAUGAAUCAUGAGAGCAUUUCUUUGCUUGUAUAAUACUGUAAUAACAGUCAUGAGAUUGAGAUGUUAGUUACCAAAACAAAUCCGAAAAUACAUUUUAGUGAUGGUGUUGGUAAUGAUAAUAACAAUAUUAAUUUGAUUCAUUUUAAGAUUAAAUAAAUACUUGUAAAAAAAAUUA